AUGCCGGAAGAGGAGAGCUUGUUCCGGUCAGCGACCAUGUCGCUGAUCCAGCUCUACAUUCCUUCCGAGACCGCUCAUGCCACCGUUCAGGAACUUGGGGAGCUUGGAAAUGUCAUGUUCAAGGAUCUCAACCCAGACGUCUCGCCCUUCCAGCGCUCCUUCGUCACCGAUAUUCGAAGGCUUGACGAGAUGGAAAGGCGUAUCCGCUUCCUCUACGCUCAGAUGGAGAAGGAAGGUGUUCCUGUCCGACCUCUUGAGAGCGCUCUCCCUUUCAUCAGCCUUGGUUCCGACGGUCGUCGUGGUCCACAGCUGAUGGACGAGCUUUCUGUCAAGCUUCGGGAGCACGAGGAGCGUCUUGGUCAGAUGAAUGGCUCCUACGAAACCCUUCAGAAACGAUUGCAGGAGCUCGAGGAGGCUAAGCACGUUCUUCGCGAAACCGCUGUCUUCUUUGACCAGGCAGAAGGUCGCCAGGAUGCUGUCCGUGCCUCUGUCGAUGAUGCGAACGCUCCUCUCCUCCACGAUGUCGAAUCGCACGUCUUCAACACUUCGCACGGUGACGAUAACAACUACGGCACCUUCGACCUCGAGUUCGUCGCCGGUACCAUUGAUCGCAGCAAGAUGGCCAUCUUCGAACGCAUUCUCUGGCGUGUCCUCCGCGGCAAUCUUUACAUGAACUAUGCUGAGAUCGAGGAGGCUUUCGAUGACCCGACCAAGGAGGAGCCUGUUCGCAAAAAUGUCUUCAUCAUCUUUGCUCACGGUGCCGAGCUUCUUGCCAAAAUCCGAAAGAUCAGUGAAAGCAUGGGUGGUACCCUCUACCCCAUCGACAGUAAUGCGGAUCGUCGUGAGGAGAGCCUUCGCGAGGUCCUCAGCCGUAUCGAGGAUCUCAACAAUGUUCUCUACUCGACCAGCGCCACUCGACGCACCGAGCUCGUCAAGAUUGCCGAGGUGCUCAGCGCCUGGGAAGAUGUCGUUCGCAAGGAGAAGCUCAUCUACUCGACGCUAAACAUGUUUCUCUUCGACAACCGUCGUAAGACGCUCGUUGCCGAAGGUUGGUGCCCCUCGAGCGAUCUCGGUCAGAUCCAGCUUGCUCUUCGUCGAGCCACCGAGAACGCUGGCACCAGCGCUCCAGCUGUGCUGCAGGAGCUUCGCACCAACAAGUCGCCUCCCACCUUCCAGCGAUCGAACAAGUACACCGAGGCUAUCCAGUCGGUCGGUGACAGCUACGGUAUUGCCAAGUACAAGGAGGUCAACCCUGGUCUGUUCAACUUCAUCCUCCUCCCGUUCCUCUUCGCCGUCAUGUUCGGUGAUGUCUUCCACGCUUUCCUCAUGACGCUCGCCGCCCUUGCCAUGUGCACCUUUGAGCGCAAGCUUGCCAAGGUGGACAACGAAAUCUUCACCAUGUUCUUCUACGGUCGUUACAUGAUGCUGCUCAUGGGCGUCUUCUCCAUGUUCACCGGUUUCCUCUACAACGAUAUCGGAAGCAAGAGCAUGCACCUCUUCCACACUGGCUGGGACUGGCCCCACAACGAAGGCACCAUUGAGGCCGUCCCCAAUGGCAACGUCUAUGCGAUUGGUAUUGAUCCUUCCUGGCACGGCGCUGACAACGCGCUCGUCUUCACCAAUUCGCUCAAGAUGAAGAUGUCCGUCAUUCUCGGUGUCUUCCACAUGACCCUCGCCAUUCUUCUCAACGUGCCCAACUUCAUCCGCUUCGGCCAGAAGUGGAAGAUCUGGUCCGAGAUCGUGCCUCAGAUGCUCUUCAUGCAGUCGCUCUUCGGCUACCUCGUCUUCGCCAUCGUCUACAAGUGGUCCAUUGACUGGUACGAGACCGAUGCCAACGGCACCGUCUUCCGCAACAACCCGCCUGGCUUGCUCAACAUGCUCAUCUACAUGUUCCUCAAGCCCGGUACUGUUGACCCCAAGACCGAGCUUUUCCGUGGUCAGGCUUUCGUUCAGACCAUGCUGCUGCUCAUCGCAUUCGUCUGCGUUCCUUGGAUGCUAGUCGUCACUCCCUACAUCGAGUGGAAGGAGCAUCAGAAGAUCAAGGGUCAAGGCUACCGCGCCGUUGGUGUCAACAACGGUUCCCGUGGCUUUGGGCUCGAUGAUGAUGCCGACGACGACGCGGACGCUGACGAGAGCAGCCGCCUUACUCAGGGUCAAGGCAACGGCCACGGAAGUGGAGGCCACGGCGAUGGUGAGAUGGAGGAGGAGCAUGAGUUCAACAUUGGUGAGGCCGUCAUCCACCAAGUCAUUCACACCAUCGAGUUCUGUCUUGGAUGUAUCUCGAACACCGCUUCGUACCUUCGUCUCUGGGCUCUGUCGCUUGCCCACGCCCAGUUGUCCGAGGUGUUGUGGACAAUGACCAUCCAGAAUGUCUUUGGUAUGACCGGAGUGACUGGUGCAAUCGCCACCGUUCUCGCUUUCGGUCUCUGGUUCUGCCUUUCCAUUGCCAUUCUCUGCUGCAUGGAGGGUCUCAGUUCGCUUCUUCACGCCAUUCGUCUCGCUUGGGUCGAAUUCGGCAGUAAAUUCUACCAGGCGGGUGGAUAUCAAUUCGAGCCCUUGAAAUUCUAA